ACCAUCAUCUUCAUCAUCACAGGGAGGGGUAACUGAUAGCUCUCUGAUCCACAAUGGCAGAAGCCGCUCAAGCAAACCCCAGCAACCCCGCUCUCAAGAAGUUCCUCCUAGUCCUCAACUGCAUCAUGCUCUGCGCUGGGACACCUGGCGGGCCCCUCGUGACACGGCUCUAUUUCAUCCAUGGCGGCAAACGAGUGUGGCUCCCUAGCUUUCUCGAGGGGGCCGGCUGGCCCCUCAUGAUCAUCCCCCUCAUCAUCUCCUACAUCCACCGCCGUCGCCAGUGGGCCAUUGCCACUGCCAAGGGAGGCUGCAGCUACCCCGCCCCAAGGCUUUUCCAGUUGAAACCGUUCCUAUUCGCCUCCGCUGUUGUUGCCGGAGUCCUCACAGGGUUGGAUGCCUACCUCUAUGCCUAUGGGGUCGAACGAAUCCCCGUCUCCACUGUGACCCUUAUCCUCUCCACCCAGCUCGCAUUCACUGCCGGAUUCGCAUACCUCCUUGUGAAGCAGAGGUUUAGUCCGUACACAGUAAACGCGGUGUUCCUGCUGACACUGGCGGCGGUGGUGCUGGCGCUGCACUCGGAUAGCGACAAGCCAAAGGGGGAGUCGAACAGGAUGUACGUGGUGGGGUUCUUGAUGACGUUGGCUGCCUCGGGUCUAUACGGCUUCGUACUUCCGCUGGUGGAGAUGGGCUACAAGAAGACCAAGCAGGUCCUAAGCUACUCGCUGGUGUUGGAGUAUCAGCUUGUCAUGAGCUUCUCCACCGCGGCUUUCUGCAUAGUCGGCAUGUUCAUCAACAAUGACUUUAAGGUAAUUCCAAGAGAAGCAAAGGAAUUUGGACUUGGAGAAUCCAAGUACUACAUGGUACUUAUUUCUAGUGCCAUCGUAUGGCAAUGCUUCUUCGUAGGAGCCAUGGGAGUCAUCUUCUGUGCCUCCUCCCUAUCCUCCGGGAUUAUUAUCGCGGUUAUGCUCCCCGUGACUGAAGUCCUCGCCGUAAUUUUCUUCCGGGAGAAGUUCCAAGUCGAGAAGGGAGUCUCACUCGUCCUAUCUCUUUGGGGAUUCGUUUCAUACUUUUAUAAAGAGAUCAUGGACGCCAAGAAGAGACGGAAUCAAGAUCAAAACCAACAUCCUCCUCAUUCGGAGAUGGAAAUGAACAACCAUUCUCUCCCUUAAAAAAAAAUAAUGCAUUUCAAUUUGGCCUGUCUAUCGGGCCCAUGUGAUGUUGCAAUAAUAGAUUUCAACAUGUCCCACGAGGAAACAUCUCGUAGAAAAAAUAAUGCACUUCAAUAUGGCCGAUUCUACCAGUCCCUUGCGAUCUCGCAAUAAUAUAUUUCAACAUCUCCCACGAGAAAUACUUCUUUUAAUGCUUGUUUAUGGAUCUUCCGAAAUUAUGUUAUCUUGUUUGAUUUGCA